AUGCCGUACCGGCUGCUCGCCACAAACAUACCGCUGCACGUGACGGCGGAGGAGUUCUACGACUACGUGCGAGCCCACGCCGGCGGAGACGCAGUCGUCAACGCGCUUCUCAUCACGCGGCCGGCUGCGGAGGCGGCAGUUACCGAGUCGUCAUGCGGCGCCGCGCUGGUGGACUACGCCACGAAGAGCGCCGCAGAUACGGCAAGGUGUGCCAACUUCUAUGUGGACGGUGCGCACGUGUUGCUGAAGGGGGUUGGAAUUGCUGCUGCUACUGCUACUGCUACCAAACCUGCACCAGCAACACUGCGCAGCGCCGAGGCAGAGGCGGAAGAGGGCCGUGAGGCGUACCGGCAGCUGCAGUGCGGUGUAAACGCCUCCCACCGCCGUAACGUUCCCACUUCAUCGUGUGCUGUUUUUACUACUGCUGCUGGUGACGAGGCUGCGAUGACUUCAGUGGGUCUCAAGCGUCCGCGUGAAGACGCCGGCGGGGAAGCGCAGGAGAUGGAGCUCCGCCUCUUGGGGAUCCCAUGCGAUGUGUACGGCCAUUUUCUCCCCAGCAUAAACGGCAGCGCUGGCGACAACGACGACGCCGCCGUGCCCGCGAACGGUGCGACGCGGCGCUCCGCCGUCGACCUCUUCGCCGACGUCGCUCUCAGCGU